UCAAAAAAAUUCAUAGUUUAUGAACUGAUGAUCAUGAGGUUUAAAUAUAAACUUAUAGACGGAAUCAGCCAUGAGAUGAAAUGCAUGAAAGAGAAGAAGUUUGUCCAUGCAUUAUAUUCUGCAGAGGUAGAGUUGAUAUUGCUGAUUCACAGGCAUUUGGUGAUCACCCAGUACAUUGAUUUGAUGAUCUAAGCUAUAUACAGAGAUAUGCUUUGUUCCUAUCUUAUUAUUGACACACUUAUGUAAAAAAAUAAGCUUUGAUGCAAGUAGAUUUAAUUAGCAA